AUGGGAGAAGCUGGAAACAGAGAUCGUCAGCAAGAUGGAAAUGAAACAAAAUUAGUUGAAGAUAAAACGAAAAUAAUCAUGACAGAACAAUCCGUUGGAGAAAUGGAUUUAAAUGAUGUGAAGUCAAAGAAUUCCGAUAAAGAAGAAGUGGGAGACACUGAAAAACGCGAGGAGGAAAAACCUGAUGUUUCUGAGCAAGCCGAUAUGGAGAAAACUAAAAACGAAGAUCGUCAGCAAGAAGGUGGAAACGAAACAACAUCAGCUGAAGAUGAAACGGAAAUUACCACGACGGAACAACCCGCUGAAGAAAUGGAUUUAAGUGAUGUGAAAUCAAAGAAUUCCGACGAUAAAGCAGAAGUGGGAGACACUGAAAAACCUGAUGUGGAAAAACCGGACGUUUCUGAGAAAGUCGAUGCGGAGAAAACUGAAAACAACAGUCAGCAAGGGAAUGAAAACGAAACCACAUCAGCUGAAGACAAGCGAGAAAUUACCAAGGGAAAACACCUUGUUCGGGACACGGAUUUAAAAGAAGUGAAACCAACAAAUUCUAACAUAAAGGCAGAAGUGGGAGACGCUGAGAAAUUUGACAAGGAAAAACCUGGUGUUUCAGGGAAAGUUGAUAUGGAGGAAACUAAAAAUGGAAAUAAAGAACACGAAGAUGAAAAACAGUCAACAUCAGCUGAAAAUGAAAUGGCAGUUACUACGGAACAACUGGAUGAUAAAACCGACGAUUCCAACACAGAAAGAGGCGAUAUUAAAAAUCUUCAUAAAAAAACAACUGAUGAUUCAGAGAAUGCAAAAUCCGUAAGCCUUCCUGGUAAUCUUGCGAAGCAUUCACCUCCAGUUUCAGAAACGGGGAAAGAUGAACCGGAACAACAAGACCAAGCUUCAGAAGCAUUAACGACAGCAACUACAACAAUUAAGACAACAAAUACACAAAACAAAAAUACAGAAACACCUGCUUCGAAUUACACAUUAGAACAUGCACGAACCAUCAAUAAUCAUUUACUAACUGAUCAAGAAUUGAACUCCAAAGAGAAAAUACCUGAUUAUAUUUUUAAAAAUUUAAUGAUAGUUAAUUAUCACGUACGAGAAUUCGAACUAAAAUCAGGUGAAGAUAAAGAUACCGUGGAAGUGAAUCCAAUGGAUGCGAUACUCGGUAUAUUUCAUCGCUCCGAUGAUUCAUUACGACGUUAUCUUACCAGUAAAUUAUCCGCUUGUCAACUUAGUGUUCCAUUUCUUCUGCCAGACCCCGCAGCACCUUCUAAAAACGUCACAAUUCUGCUGUCAGCUUUAGAGAACAUCACAAAGUGUUGGAAAGAUUCCUCCGGAACAAAACAAGUAUUUGCAACGGAACAUCCAUUUCCGGUUGUUUCUUUCAUUCGCAUUGGCAAAACUAAAAUGUCAAAAUCCUCCUUGAUUAAUAAAAUUAUGAGUGACGGAGACAUUACUCAUGACUUCUUCUUCCACAAAGACAUGAAAGGUGGUCACGUUGAAAGGAAAGUUGUUGAUGGAUUGGUUGAAGUGAAUUGGUAUCUUCCUGGGGAGAGUAAAGGAACGACGUUAAAAAAAGAAAUUUGUUUUGCAAAUCUUCGAGGAGACGCCAGAAAUUUUCAGAAGCAGCUUGGUCUUAUCUCUGCGAUUUCAUCCGUAUUAUUUAUAUUAUUGCCCUCGAAAUUUCGAAGCAAAGGCGACGCCAUACCAAAAAAAAUGUUACAAGAAGCAAAACGUGCCAGAGGUAAAACCAUCCUCAUCUUUAAAAAAGACAUCGAAAAUGAUGCGAAAAAAUAUUUCGAGGAUUCAGAGUUUUCUUUGAUAUUUCAAGCCAAAGAGAAAAUCAUGGAGAUACGACAGAGUAUUGAAAUAAAUAUCAAUAAAGUGGAAGCCUCACCUCUUGUGGCCCUAGCAUCUCUUCAAGGUGGAGAUGGUGUUCAUCUUGACGUUCCACAGCAUUUAGAUUUGGAAAUCGAAGAGAGAUUUGGAAAAUGGCUAAACAGAGAAAAUAGAAAUGUCAAAGAUCUUCUCAAAUUACAAACGCACGUCCCAGAAUUGGCGGAUUUGGAACGCGAGAAACAUUCUCCGAAAUUUCUCAGUAGUAAAACUAAACCCGAUGGCAUUACGAAAGUUGCAGAGAAGAUUUGCGAAGAUAUCGCAAAAGUAAAAAUCGCUCAAAGAGGCACCUUAGACAAAUUGGACGAAAGAAUCCUUCGUUGCCUAAAAUACAUUGGCACCAUCGAUGAAACUGCACGAGAUUACACUUUAAACAAAUUGAAAAAUUGUUUAAAUAAAAUGUCUCUAGAAACUAUGCCAAAAUUGCACGAAGCCUAUCUCCAGGCUAGGCUGAAACUUCUGAAGAAGAAGAAGAAGGAAACGUCUCAGGGAUCCGAAACACAAUCCCCUGAAGAGAAAAAUUUAAAAGAUUUAAAAGAUUUAGAAGAUCAAAUCUCAAAACACUCGUUCGGUUUAGAACACAUCAUCAGAGAACUUGCUCAGCUUUACGAGAUUGAAGAAAGCAAAUACGACUAUGCAGGUGCCGCAGCAGACAUGUUGCUUUCAGGACAUCUUCUUGAAAUACUGGAUGGUGAUUCCUUUUACAUUCCACUGCGAUGGUUUAAAGCUGUGUUUAAUGAAUUAGAGCAAAAAACAAAUAAUGCGAAUAUAUUUGUAAUUUCUGUUGUAGGAAUUCAAAGUUCAGGUAAGUCAACAAUGUUAAACACAAUGUUUGGUUUAGAAUUUCCAGUCAGUGCUGCAAGGUGUACGCGUGGUGCUUUUGCUAAUCUUAUUCCCGUUAGUGACUCUCUCAAGACAGCUUCAAAGUUUGAUUACGUUUUGAUUAUUGAUACCGAAGGUCUUAGUGGAUCCGCAGAUUCCAGGUUACGAAAACAUGACAACCAGUUAGCGACAUUUGCAAUUGGUGUUGCCAAUGUAACCAUAGUGAAUAUCAUGGGUGAAAAUGAAAAUGAGAUGAAAGAAUUUUUAGAAAUAGCUAUCCAUGCUUUUUUGAAGAUGAAUAUGGUUGAAAAAAGGAAAACGUCUUGCAAAAUUGUCCACCAAAAUGUUGUAGCAACGGAUGCAAAAGACAAAUUAACUUUCAGACGAUUCAACCUCAAAAAGGAUCUCGACCAAAUGACAAAGCUUGCUGCUUGGCAGGAGAAUUGUGGACAAGAAUAUCGUACAUUCGAUGAUAUCAUUUCCUUUGAUGAAGAGGCAGACGUGUUUUAUAUACCAAGUCUUCUGAAAGGAACUCCACCAAUGGCUCCAGUGAACCCGGACUAUGGAAGAUCUGUUCAAAAAGUGAAAGAAACCAUCAUUGACUUGAUGUAUUCAGAAGAAAGAAUGAGCGAGUUUCAAACGAAGGUUAAAGUGGCUCUAAAAAGGUGCUCAAAUAAGACACAACGAGAAGAGGAAUGGAAAAAGAAAGAAAGGGAAAUACGUGAAGAAGGACAAAGACUUGCAGAAAAAAUGAAAGAGGCAAUGAAUGAAUUUUUCAAAACCAACCAGGACAAGGAAACUCUAGAACAGUGGAAAGAAAACGUGAUGAAUAGAAUUGAAGUUGAGAAAGAAACUCAAGUGCGACAAAUCCACAACAAUUGCUUAUCAACUUUCGAGUAUUUACAGAGUCUACCGGACGUUGAAGCAAUGAAACAAGAUUGCGAAGCGAUGCUUCUGGAAAAUGCAAAAUACUUUAUAACAUCAGCCGGUGAUAUUGAUGAUAAAAAGAAAUUUAAGAUUGCUUUCGAAAAAGAAUGGCGGCAAUGGAUUGAAUGCGUUUCCGAAUGUCAAGUAAGUAAAGUAAACGUCAACGACGAAAUGGUGUUUGUUCUUCGCACCACAGACAAAAGUUUGGAGGCUGAAAUGGGAAAGAAAUUAGAAGAAAAAAACAAUGACAUAUUAAACUUUCGAAAAGAUGCUCCAGAUGUUGAAAGUAGUCAGCUAAAAUAUUUCCCCAGCAAAAUUUAUUCAUAUAAGAAAUUCGUUUCCACACAUUUAAGAAAUAUAUUUACCAAUGCUGGAAGAAUUGAGGAAUUUGCAGCAUUCCAGGCAGUCGAUUUUGCAGAAAACGCUUUAAAUUCGGGAUUUAGAUGCACGCGUAAUGUUCUAACACAAAUGUACCACAAUGUGAUCACCGCGAUCGAAGAAGAAACAGAAGAAAUCCGUAAGUCUUCAAAAUGUGAUAUAUUGCUUUACGCUUUUGCUGAAACGUAUGAAAUUUUUGAUAAAAUGGAAGAACGCUUCAUACAAGAACGAGAUAUUAGAGGAGAUCUGGAAAGGAACCUGCGACCAAUGUUAGAAAAGUAUUUCAGAGAUAUUUGUGAGAAGAUGGAAAAAGAAGUGUUAGCUGCUACUUCGUUCGUCCGAGCACUUGAAACUCCAAUUGAAUCAGCGUUGAACAGCACGAUGGGUCGAGCAGUGGCAAGAGAAAUAAUGAAAGAAACCACAUACAAAAGCAAAAGUCAAUUUCAUGCGAAUGUCCUCAUUCAACUUGGGAAGGGAAGAAAUUUCGAUUCGUACAAGCCUUAUCUAGCAAACCCUGUUGAAUUUCUAAAAAGAAAACUAAUGGAAUCGAUUGAAAACUACUGUUUAGACCACGUGAAAUCUAUUUUAGAAGACAAAAUCACAGGAAUACAAAACAAUGUUUUCGCUGCUAUUAAAACUGCCAACGAGAAAACAAGAGCAGGAAACAAGAAACUGACAUUCUGGAUUCAGCAGUUUGUCGAAGAGUGUUCUAUACUCGUUAUAAAGGAAGAAACGUUUGCUCUAGCUGCCAUUGAAAAUCUGGAUAAUAUUGAAGUCUUCCAGGUUGAAGUUCAUAAAAAAGUAAACCUUUUUGUAAAAAGCUUCAUAGAUCGCGGUUUUGAUGUUGAAGCUAUUCGAACAUGGAAUCCAUCACCGGGUGAUAUUGUAUUUAACAAAAUUAUUGGUUGUGAAAGUGUUUGUCCAUUUUGCAAAGCUUUGUGUGACCACACAGUUUCAAAUCAUCCAGGUAAACACUCAACGCUAUCUCACCGUCCACAAGGAAUAUGUGGUUGCCGCAAAAUGAGGUCAAAAGUAUUAGUCACCGAAAUUUGUACAAUGUGCGUGGCAGGUGAAGGCACAUUUGGAAACGAUGCUACAUCCUGGAAAUAUCUUCCUUACAAAAAUUAUCAGUCAGUGAAUGAUUAUUACAAAUCCUGGUCGAUUCCUCCAGAUCCAUCAUUCGAAUCAUCCAAGUAUUUUCAAUGGUUUAUGGCAACUUUCUCGAAAGAAUUGGCAGAAUACUACGAGGUCAAAGAACCAGACAUUCCCGAGGCAUGGAAGCGCGUUACGUUCAGCGAGGCAAAAGAAGAUCUUGAACAUAAACACCACCUGUAA